AGGCAAUGGUGAUGGCAGCAUCAUGAUGAGGAUAUCUUUUACUGUGAAUUGUUCUAAUAUGGUGCAGGAAAAUAUUCUAUAUAUCUGUAAUGAUUCAUUUUACUGCAACAUGUUUCUUUUUUUUAACAUCGGUGAUGUUUCUAUUCUUAAAUUCAUCACACAUCUUGCAUACAAAUUGUCCAGAACAAAGGAAGCUGAUGUCUAGGGAUUUCCUAGAACUGACGAGAACCCUUCGUUAGACAGAAAGGAUUGACUUUACCUGUGUAAAUAAGAGCCAAAGCUUUCACAAACCUCCUUCCCUCCCCUGAUGUUUUGUGCUCCUCUCUCCGCCCACCAUCCCCACCCAUGUUUCGUUUAGUCGUGCCUCAGACAGCAUUACCACCACCUGGGAGCUUUGAGACAGCCUGGGAAGAGCGGCGGACUCAGAUCGCGGUCCUCUCCUUGUGAAUGACUGUUUUUGGGGCCCGUUGACUGACGCAAACCUGAUGCAGGCACACCACACUCAAGCUGCUCUGCUGGUUGAUGUCUGGGGUUAAGAACUUGAUCAAGCAGGUUUUCUUUCUUGUCAGCACUGACGACAUAUCCAGAGCUUUAAACUCUCCCCACUGAGUUUAUACUUGAAGGACAGGACUGUGUUCAGGAAAAGACAUGAGGAUGGAGACUUUCUCAAGAUCACAGAUUCUGCAGGACUUUAAUUUCCAAUGCAGCAAACUGGCGUCCAAUAACAACCGAGGCUUUAAACAGGCCUUUAGGCAGGAGCUGAAUGAUGUUGGGAAAGAUCUCCCCAGUAGAGCCGGCAGCUUGGAGGCCAACAGAGAAAAAAACAGAUACCCUUGCAUUUUGCCAUAUGAUCACUGUCGGGUGAGGCUUUCAGUUCAAAACCAGAACCCAAAUUCUGAUUACAUCAAUGCAAAUUUUGUCCCUGGUGGUGGAUCAGAAAGGGAUUUCAUCUGCACCCAAGGUCCAAUAUCCAACACUUUAGCCGACUUCUGGAGGAUGGUCUGGGAGCAAAACGUCAGGAUAAUCAUCAUGGUGACCGCUCUCAGAGAAAAGAACACAGUACUGUGUGAAAAGUACUGGUCUCUGGAAGAAGGGACAGUUUAUCAUGGGCUCUUCCAAAUAACAACAGUGACUCGGAAACAGGGUCCAGAUUAUUUUGUUACUACCAUUAACCUGCGACAGAGGGACCUGCCAAACGACAGGAUAAUCACACAUUACUACUACCCGUCCUGGCCGGACCAGAAAGUCCCAAACCCAUUUUCUCUGUGUGCAUUCACUGAGCAUGUGCGACAACAUUUGGAGGCUCUACCCUGUCUGGGGCCAGCUGUGGUGCACUGCAGUGCAGGCAUUGGCCGGUCAGGGACGUUUGUGACUUUGUUGUGGCUGAUGCAGCUGAGCAUGAGAGGGAUCCCACCUGACAUCAAAGGUGCUGUGAGGGACCUGCGACUGCAUCGCAUGUCAAUGGUCCAGACACUUGACCAGUACAUAUUUAUUCAUCACUGUCUGCUACAUUGGCUCAGUGGAGGAGCAUCAGCAAGCAGGCAACAGAUGCAGGUACCAGAUUUGAAUUCUAACCAACACAAGACGGAUCAACCUCAGAGCUCACGGAGGAGGAGGCAGCGACACAGCUCUCAACAGAAACCUCCGGCAGACCAACCCCAGAACACACUGCAACAGAUUUUUAAACCUGGGAACCUACUGAGGAGGUUAAUACCCUCCUUAUCGCAGAUGAAUCCGGACUCACAAAACGCCUGAAGAUAUUCUCUGAAAAAGGCAUGGAAGAACUGAUAACCAUCUCAUUGGAUGUAAAAAAAAAAGGGGGGGGGGGGGGGAGGGGCCUUCUUGAUGCUGCUUUAUACAAGUGUAGGAAAUGACUAAAGCUGCAACGCUGUGCAUGCAGCGCGAGGAGACGGCCCAGAGGCACAGAACUGCCCUGACAACAUGCAGAUAAAUGCCUUUAACAAAGACACAGCAGUUUGUGCUGUAACCAGGAGGAAGAACUAAGGGAAUAAUUCAUCAGGUUAAACCUGUUAUUCUGCAAAUCACUUCUGAUUCAUGAGAAAAGGAGGCUGCAUGAAGUAAAAAUACUGCAGGCACAGGCUUUUUAUCAGGUCACCAACAAAAAACCUUUUAUGAUGAGCAAAGAUUCCAGGUGGGAGCAGCUAGAGAGCUAAUUAUUUACCUUAAUUGGUGACAAAGACUGCUGAGAUGUAUUUUAUUAACAACUGUUGGAAAAAAAAUUUCCACUGUGCAUUUCUUUCAUGAUACACAAUCAAGUCUAUCAAUCAGGGUGCAGAGGUGACAACAGAAAGGCAGACACACGGUGUAGUGGCUGUACAAAAACGGUCAUGUUUGAAAAACACACAGGCACUGCCAUUCUCCUUAAAUGACUGAAUCCCAUUACAGUUCAUGGAGAAACUACUGGUACUAUACAUUAUAGAACAUGUAGGGCUGACCCACUUUAAGUCUUUUAUGGAGUACAGUAGACAUGAUACAUUAGAUCCCUCUUUAGUCUUUGUGUUUAAUGUCCUCAAGAGAUAAAGGAUUCAGCAGACGUCAGCGUCCAAGUCCUGCCUUUGCCACACCUUCACCCUGUGGCAAGUGCUAUUAGCUGCAGAUUAGGCGGUGCCAGCCUGUUGCAGUCAAAUCCAUGGAGGAUUUAAGUACUAAUGUGAUUUAAUACCACCAAGAUCCAACAGAGGGUGCUCUUAAGCAGGCAACCUCAAAAGCUCAGCAUCUCCAAAUAAGUAGGCUCAACACAAACAAAAUGAUAUCAGAAAAGAAAAUGUAUAUAACUUAAAAGACUUUUUCCAUA